GGGAUUGCCUGGGUAGGGUUAGAAGUGUUUAUGGAGAAGAAAAGAAAUCUCUCUCUCUAUAACAUGCAUUAUAGUUAGCAUUGCAGACACUUGAGUUGUUUUUUGAGCUUAACUCCAACGACCUCUGUUGGCAAUUAAUGUUAGAGUUGAUGAGAGUUAGAGAUAAAGCAGAAGAAGAGGGGAGACUUAGAGAGAGAGAGAUUACACACUUAAUUCAACAGCAGUUGGCCCCCUCAUUUAUUGCUUCUCUCUGCGCAUUCUUCUAUAAAUCACUUUUUUCUCUUUUCUUUCAUUUCCAUCUCUCACAGAUCUCUUGUUUCUCUCUCUCUCUCUCUCUCUCUCUCUCUCUCUACACUUUUUCAGUUCUUCUUUCUCACAUUAUUAGGCAGUUUCUGACUCUCCCAGUCAUGGGUUUGUUCAUCUCCAGAGCUCUCUGACAUUGUUGUUCUGAGAUCAGAGCUCUGUCAAGCCACAACCCGUAUCUGGGUUUUCACUCAACGGCUCUGAAUUUUAAAAUUUUCUCUUCAACGGCUAUAUUUCGAGGAAAGACAUCAAAACCUGGUUUCUGGUUUUCCGGCGACCUAAUUGUGUAAUUGUAUACAGUUUUGUGGGGUCCGCAGAGCAUAUGGAUACAUCAACGGCUCUGAUUCUUUUAUCAAUUUUAGCAGUUUAUUUGAUGUGGUUCAUAUCCAUCAAACGGUGUCUGAAGGGUCCACGUGUUUGGCCCUUAUUGGGCAGCUUACCGGGACUGAUUCAGAACUCCAAUCGCAUGCAUAACUGGAUUGCUGACAACCUUCGCAUGUGUGGCGGCACGUACCAGACUUGCAUAUGUGCAAUUCCACUUUUAGCCCGGAAGCAAGGUCUCGUGACUGUCACGUGCGACCCCAAGAAUCUCGAACACAUACUCAAGGUACGGUUUGAUAAUUAUCCUAAGGGUCCCACGUGGCAAGCUGUGUUUCAUGAUCUACUCGGUGAGGGCAUCUUCAAUUCAGAUGGUGACACGUGGCUGUUCCAGCGUAAGACUGCCGCACUGGAAUUCACCACCCGCACGCUCCGCCAAGCCAUGGCUCGGUGGGUGAGCCGAGCCAUUAAGUUGAGGUUUUGCCCAAUCCUCAAGAGGGCCCAGCUUGAAGGCAAGCCGGUCGAUCUUCAAGACCUCUUGCUCCGGCUCACUUUCGACAACAUUUGUGGCUUGACUUUUGGAAAAGACCCACAGACUCUCUCGGCUGGGCUCCCCGACAACGCCUUCGCCAUGGCUUUUGAUCGAGCCACUGAAGCCACACUACAACGCUUUAUUUUGCCCGAAAUCAUAUGGAAAAUGAGGAAAUGGCUUGGACUAGGGAUGGAAGUCAGCUUGAGCCGAGGCCUUAAACAUGUGGACGAGUACAUGACCAAUAUCAUCAAUACACGUAAGCUCGAGCUGGCAAGUCAAAGCCAAGGUGGGACCCCACAUGAUGACUUGCUCUCUAGGUUUAUGAAGAAAAAAGAGUCCUACUCUGACAAAUUCCUCCAAGAGGUGACACUCAAUUUCAUCCUAGCUGGACGUGACACGUCAUCGGUUGCGCUGAGCUGGUUUUUCUGGUUAGUCAUUCAAAACCCAAGAGUAGAAGAAAAAAUCUUGAAGGAAAUAUGCGCUGUUCUGAUGGAGACACGUGGCAGUGACACCUCUAAGUGGUUGGAGGACCCAUUAGUUUUUGAAGAAGUUGACCAAUUGACAUAUCUUAAGGCAGCAUUAUCAGAGACUCUUAGGCUAUAUCCAUCAGUGCCAGAAGACUCGAAGCAUGUUAUCGCUGAUGAUGUAUUGCCAGAUGGCACAUUUGUGCCAGCUGGUUCGGCGAUCACAUAUUCGAUAUACUCCUCCGGCCGUAUGAAAUUUAUAUGGGGCGAGGAUUGUUUACAAUUUAAGCCAGAAAGGUGGUUGUCGUCUGAUGAAAAAAAAUUUGAAAUGAUAGAUUCUUUCAAAUUUGUUGCAUUCAAUGCUGGCCCUAGGAUUUGCUUGGGCAAGGACUUGGCUUACUUGCAAAUGAAGUCCAUUGCCGCGGCUGUGUUGCUCCGCCAUCGUCUCGCGGUGGCGCCGAGCCACAAAGUUGAGCAAAAGAUGUCGCUAACAUUGUUCAUGAAGGAUGGUCUCAAGGUUAAUUUGCAACCUAGGGACUUGACACCUAUUGCGGCCAGUAUUACCAAAGAGGGUAAGAUAAAUCAUGAAGAGUUUCUUGGUGGCGGCAACUGUCACGUGGAGGUUGAAGUGGUUGUUUAGGAUUGGUUGAAUUUCUAAUAUGUGAAUAUGAUGCAUAUUAGACUAUAUAUAAUAGUCAUAUAUAUAUAUAUAUAUAUACAUAAGUCUUUUAUGAUUCUUUGUGAUACAUACUUUCGUGACGAUAUGAUCACGUGAGUACUUAUCACCAAGAAUUACUAUUACUAUCGGUAGGGUUUUCAAUUACAUAAAGUCAAUACUUUUAAGUUUCAAUUGUGGCUAAAGGGAUGAGAAACAAAUUUGGAAGGUGAAACUCUUUUAUUUUUAUAUAUACGUUUUUUUUUUUUUUCCUUUUUACCUUUUUUUUUCAAGACAGUAUAGUUGUAUUGCUAUGAUUGAAUAAGGAAUGAAAAGGGCCAAUUAUUGAUUUUAAAUAA